ACUUGACGUGUGUGUGGCGGUGUAACCUGAGCAGGUCUCAGUUUUUAGCAAUUCUUUGAUGUGGACAGGUUAAAUUUUCAAAACAAUCAGUUUUAGGUAGAUACUGAAAAAUGUCGCAACGGAAUAAUGAAGUUCUUGGUGAUUUUAUUGAAAUUUAUAAAAGUGAACCUUGCUUGUGGAAAGUGAAAGAUAAUGACUAUCGCAAUAGAGACCAGAGAGAUGCUGCAUACAGAAAAUUAGUGAACAAAUUGAAGGAAAUAGAGCCUGAUGCAAACGAGACCUUGGUUAAAAAAAAAUCAACAGUUUGA